AUUGAAUGAUUAGUCAGAGCGCGUUGAUUGGUAAUACAUCGUGCUAUUCAAGAGGAGGAAGAGUAUAUAUAUUUAUAUAUAUACAUGAGAUUUAUUUUUAAAAGAUGACUGCUGCUGAAGCACAAAUGUAAUAUCGGUGUUUUAGAUUUUAUAUCAGUAAAAUUCUACUGAAAAGGAAAUUAUCUGAACUUCGGUCGUGUACAGAACAGUGCAUUUUAGACACAUUUAACAAUGCCAAUUUCUGUAUGUAAAAGGGCUGUGUUAAUCGUACUCUGUAUUAUUGGAGUUUACUGCUCAAAUUCAAAACGAGUUAUAGAAAGGAUUAAACAUCUGGAAUCUAGAUUCAAUACAGAAGCAAAGUUCAGAGAUGAGGAUUACGCCGAAGUUAUUGACAGACUUGGUGAAAUAGAUAAAAGACUGAACGCCUCUCUUGAACAGAAAGUUGGCAUUGUUAACGAGGCCCAAGGAACGGAUGAAGAUGACUACGAAAAUGUACAGCAUUUAAGGGAAGAUUUCACACGACUUCGGACAGCGUUUAGGGAGGAAAAGUCUGAAACUGCGAGAAUCCGUAGAGAAAUUCCAAAGAUUGAAAACAAUUUGAUUUUAAUGAAACAGGACAUGGACAAAUAUUGUAUGAUAAAUCUAAACAAGACGGAGCAACUGAUUUCAUGGGUCGCAAAAGCAGAUACGUUCAUGAAAAACGACAUUGCCGUCCAAUUUAAUGAUAUUAAUAAGGAACAGAAAGCUUUGCGUAAUGAGAUUAAUGACACGUCUGUACUUGCAAGAGAAGAAUUUAGGAUUGUAGCAGCUCAGAUAGAAGAAACUGUUCGGAAUACUGUCGAAAAAGCACUUAAAGAGAUUACUGAGGAACAGAUAGCUUUACGUAAUGAGAUUACUGAGGAACAAAUAGCUUUGCAUAAACUAUCUGCUCGUCUGGAACUCCUGUUUGUGUGCAACUCAUGCUCAGAUGCAAAAAAAUACGGAAAUUUACGCACAGGCGUCUAUCAACGUGGAAAUUGCCCUGAGAUUUUCUGUGACCAAACCACUGACGGAGGUGGUUGGACUGUGUUUCAGAGAAGAGAGAAUGGUGAGAUUGAUUUCUAUCGUAACUGGAAAGAGUAUAAAAACGGCUUCGGCGAUCUGAAUGGUGAAUUCUGGCUAGGAAAUGAACGUUUGAGUAUUCUUACAGCAACAGGAGAUCAUGAACUAAGAAUAGAUAUGGAAGAUUUUGAGGGAAAUCGCGCCUUUGCAAAGUAUAGUAAGUUCAGGAUAUAUCCGGAAGAAGACAAGUACAAACUGGAGGUGAGUGGAUACAGUGGAAAUGCUGGAGAUUCUCUUAAACCUCAUAAUGGAAUGGCGUUUUCAACGUUUGACAAUGACAAUGAAAUAAAUUCGGGAAAUUGUGCAAAAACAUAUCAUGGUGCCUGGUGGUACAAGAGUUGUCACACUUCAAAUCUAAACGGCAAGUUUAUCCAUACUCCGUCAAGUUGUAAAUCAGAUGCCACAGAAAUCAACUGGUACCACUGGAAAAAAAACUAUUACUGUUUGAAAAGUGUAGAAAUGAAAUUUCGUUAAACAAAUGAUGAUGCUAAAUUCUGAGAUUAUUGUUCAUGUAAACAACCAUGAUGUUGAAAUUAGAAAGAGGAGUGUAUAUCACAUUAAAGACAAAUGUAUAUAUAAUAGUCUUAUGCAAGAUGGUGUCGAUAACUGAUUAAACCUUGAUAACUUGAUUCACUGUUAGACUAUCUGGUUAUAUUGGGAAUCAUGAUAACAUGUAUAUAAGAAAGUGUUUCAUCUGUAACUGGACUGUGAAAUGUAUUUAAUAUGUUUGUAUAGAUACGUACAUGUGUCCAAAUUUGUGUUUAAAACUGAAUCAUGUAAUAUGCGCUGAAAAAACAUACGAUGGUCAGAAGGAAAAUGUCAAGUUAUAUUAUAUACGGUAAAAACAAAGGAUGUUUAUAUUGGGAAUCAUUGUUCAUGUACCAUGUAUAUUAGAAAGUGUUUCUGUAAUUGAAGUUUGAAAUGUAUUUAAUAUGUUGAAUAGAUACGUACAUGUGUCCAAAUAUGUGUUAAAAUCUGAAUAAUGUAAUAUGCACUGAAAACUAUUCUAUUGUCAGAAUAAAAAAUAUCAAGUUAUAUGAUAUUAGUAAAAAAAAUUGUGCACCUGGAAAUAAAACAACAUAGGAAUGAUGACCUGUUAAAAGUAAAUCAAUUAAUUGAAUUAUAUGCUGUUUCAUAAAUAAAUUUCAUAGAUAAAA